GCGACUCUUCACACCGGAAGUUGAAAUAUCAGCUGAUCGAGGUGUUUUUGAUGGAAGUUGCCGUUGGAACUGUGCAGGGCUUUUUUUUUUUAAUUGUGUCGCGCUAAAGAUAAACAUAAGUGAGACUUAAGCAGAAGCGCAGGUUUAAGAAUUACGACUGAAUUCGAGGAAGGUGGAGAGAACUGAGGCGUUAUGAAGAGUGUGGUGUCAGUGUUUUGAAAUUCGCUAGCUGUUGAACCUGAGUGAAGAAAGAAAACAAGGCUAGGCGAGUCACUGUGUGUGUAUGUGUGUAAGUGUGUGUUGACGUGUUUGUGUUGAAACCGUUAGUUAAUUUAACUACAGUGGUCUGAGCCUGAGAGGAAAGGUAGCUAAACUGACUAGCUUGGUUUAUUAGCUGUUAGCCGUGUGCUGAAUUAGUACACCAGUGAGUAGUGAAUACAAUAAAAGAGCGUGUUUUGCAGUUCAGGAGGGCGACUAGGUUGCACAAUCUGUGUGAGAGUGUGUGUGUGAGUGUGUGUGUGAGUGUGUGUGAGAGUGUGUGUGAGUGUGUGUGAUGUUGGCAGUGCUCGAGUGCUUCACAGUGGCUGUGUGCAUUAUAAACAUUUCUCUUUAACCGCUGGACUGAUUGAUUUUUAGUUAGAGGAAAAAACAACCUGUAACCGUUCAUCCUAUUUAAAAAUUUUAUGUAUUUAUGCCUCUUUGUGUCAUUUUAAACGUGUUUCUAAGCAAGUGUGCUUGUAUCCAUUAGCUAGUAUUUUCAUGCUGAUAUUUAUAAAUAUGCAGACACUAAUUAAUUAAUUAAUUAAGGAAUAGGAUCGCGUUAAACUGUUAAACCGCUUCAGGGUUUAUUCGGCUACUGAAUCGUGUGUACAGAUUUGAAAGCCAUAAACAGUGUGAGGUUGAUGUUGAUGUGGCCUGUGGGAGAGGUGCAGGAGAAGCUGACGCUUGUGUAACAGCAGUUUUAGUCUGUAGUGUGGGAGAGAGGAAAGGUCCAGCUCUGGCCCAGUCCGAGAAGCCCUCUGAAAACCCAAUGCUGGAUCUGGAGGUGGUUCCUGAGCGCUCUUUGGGAAAUGAACAAUGGGAAUUCGCAUUAGGAAUGCCAUUGGCCCAGGCCAUUUCCAUCUUGCAGAAGCACUGCCGAAUUAUCAAGAAUGUCCAGGUGCUCUACAGCGAACAAAUGCCACUCAGUCACGACCUCAUACUCAACUUGACUCAGGAUGGAAUUAAACUGCUGUUUGAUGCCUGCAAUCAGAGACUGAAGGUUAUUGAAGUGUAUGACUUGAGCAAGGUGAAACUGAAAUACUGUGGAGUACAUUUUAACUCUCAGGCAAUAGCACCUACCAUAGAGCAGAUUGACCAGUCCUUUGGCGCUACUCAUCCAGGAGUGUACAAUGCUGCAGAACAGCUCUUCCAUCUGAACUUCCGAGGUCUCUCAUUCUCCUUUCAGUUAGACUCAUGGAGCGAAGCCCCAAAAUACGAGCCUAACUUUGCCCAUGGCUUGGCCUCCCUGCAGAUUCCUCAUGGGGCUACAGUGAAGAGGAUGUAUAUUUACACUGGAAACAACCUUCAAGAAACCAAGGCUCCUGGGAUGCCCUUGGCCUGUUUCCUUGGUAAUGUGUAUGCAGAGUGUGUGGAUGUUCUGAGGGAUGGAACAGGGCCUCUGGGUCUCAAACUGCGCAUCCUCACUGCAGGCUGCGGUCCAGGAGUGUUGGCUGAUGCGAAAGUGCGGGUGCUGGAAAGGAACAUUUACUUUGGUGAUUCGUGUCAGGAUGUUCUGAGUGCUCUGGGCUCCCCACAUAAGGUUUUCUACAAGUCUGAGGACAAGAUGAAGAUCCAUUCUCCUUCUCCACACAAGCAAGUCCCAUCCAAGUGUAAUGACUACUUCUUCAACUACUUCACCCUGGGAGUGGACAUACUGUUUGACUCCACGACCCACCUGGUGAAGAAGUUUGUUCUUCACACCAAUUACCCCGGCCAUUACAAUUUCAACAUGUACCAUCGAUGUGAUUUUAAGAUUCCGCUCAUCAUUAAAAAAGAUGGAACUGAUGCUCAGGAGGAAGAUUGUAUCCUCACCUCCUACAGCAAGUGGGAUCAGAUCCAGGAGUUAUUGGGACACCCUAUGGAGAAACCAGUGGUGCUUCAUAGGUCAUCAUCCGCUAAUAACACCAAUCCCUUUGGAUCGACAUUCUGCUACGGGCUGCAGAGGAUGAUCUUCGAGGUGAUGCAGAAUAACCACAUAGCAUCAGUGACCCUGUAUGGAGCCCCUCGCCCUGCCAGCCUUCCACGUGCCGAGACGAGUGCUCACUGAGAUUCCCGUCCUGCCCUGUAGGGCCCACCAGCGCAGUGUGCCUUCCCUCACUGCUGCCAUCACACAAGCUAGAGAGCCACGUGCUGGGAGUUCCCCAGCCAUCCUCCUUCAUCCUUCAGCUGCACACCAGGAUCGGUGUCCUUCCCUGACCCCCUUUAUAGAAACACACACAACUGACUGCAUUGCUUCUUCCUCUCCCUUCCUCCUCUGUCUGUGUCAGCAUAGCACAGUGAAGCAUUUACACACACACACACACACACACACACACACACACACACACACACAUUUUAUCUCUUACAUUAAUAAGCAUUGUGCAUACAUUAACAGGCUUAGAGAAGCUGUUAUGGGUUUAUAUUUCUAAAUUUGUCCUACAUAAGGCACAGACACCACAGGGUGGAUGUGACAUGCAUUUCAUCACUGGUUGCUUUACUGCACAUUACACACUCUUUAGACACACAUUCGGUUCAUUUCAGUACAGCAGUAACGGCACACACAGCCAGUACAGAUAAAUACAUGGCACACUGGCAUCCACUGCAUGAAUAAAGUGUUGCUUUAUGGAUUGUUUUUUUUUUAAGUUAGGACUGUAUGAUGUACGUUAUUACAAGCACAAAUUAGUUGCGCAGUGAUGGUGUGUCAGUGCUGUGAAUGUUUUCUUGGCACAUGAGUUUCUCCCUUUCAAACACAUGUACGCAGGUUAAGUACACAGCACGGGUCUUCUCCCUUUGCAAAGCUGUGCAGUGCAAUCUUCAGCUUAGCAUUAGGUUCGUUGUCUAUCAUCUCUGAGUGUUGUUUUAAGGUAAAGCAUUGAUUUUUAACAUUUGCACUAAACAUAUUUAUCAAACUAUCAUAUUUACUUGACAACUGACUUAUUGACUUCUUUCCACUGAGGACUGUUGGGAUUAUUGAGUGUGGGAGGCAGAGAUUAUGUGAGAGUAGAUUAAGGCAGAGGAAACACUGAUUUUCAAGCUCGUAAUGCAGCCCUCUGGACUUUCUGGAUCUCACACACUUUUCCCCCCACUUUCUCUACACUCCCUUUCACCCUGUUUGUGGAUUUGGUCUCAUAAAUCUUUUUCAACUAUCUCAAAAUUGCCAAAAUAUUAGCCAAAGAAGGAAGAAUCAUAGACGGAUCAUCUUAAUUUACCAGAAAGUUAAAAACUUUUUGUUUUGGUUACUUCCCAGAAAUCCUUAUUAUAAUUAUUUACUCUUGUACUCUUAUUUAAAAGUAUUUUAGUACUAGAUAUCCUGUGUUGCUCUAUGUUUUGGUUUCUGGUCUACAGAGAGGUCUGCUGGUGUUUCUGUACCAGACAGACAUGAGGUUUUCCACGGCACUCUGCUGCUGUGUCCGUUUAUGUACAGAUCUGUAAAUAGUGUAUUCUUAAAGUCUUGUCCUUUUAAGCUCAUGGUACCAUGUGGGUUCAGAUCAGUUUGAACUCUGGAAAUCUCUUGUCAAAUAUGCUUCAUAUUGUCCUUUCAAACUGAAAGAGUUCUGAGUUUUCAAACCGUGGUGGUUCAGAUGGACACUGUAGCAGCAGCCCAUGGUUGACCACCGUUGGGAGAUGAUGUGAGAUGACUGCAGUGCUUGCAGGACUGCAGGAGGAUUUUCUAGUAUUUUAUGUUCGUCUAAAUAAGUCCAGUCGUUUAGCACUUCUUGUUGGUUCCCUUGCUAAAUAAAACACACCUGAUUCACCUCAUUGUUUCAUUACAAGGUUUAGAGAAGGCAUGUGUUUAAUGAGGGAAGUCAGAAACUGUGCUGUAGUCUCAUUCUCUAGGACUGUUGUUUUAAAAAUUAAAGCUGAGCCCCACAGUGUCAAAUGCUUCUAGAUAGAAAUGUGUGAUGAUGUUUUCUUCUGUAGCAGGACUGUCAGCCUCCACUGAACAAAUCUUUGCAGCUCAGGCUUCUGCAGUAUGUGAUGCAGGCGUAUGUGGGCAUUGAUUGGUCUCCUGUGCAUUUACACAAGUUGUGAAGGAAGGUUGUGGUUCAUGUUCUCAGUUUUAACCCUUGCUUACAGCAAGUUCCACAUUAAAGAAAAAAAAAAAGUAAAAGUCGGAACUGCUAUUAACGCUGUCAUCUCUCGCCAAGCUUGACUUGAGUGUUAAUGAAAUUUAUUUAAACUGCUUUGUGUAUGAUUGAGCAUGUACAGCUAAACUCUAAAUCCGGUGGACUGUCUGUUACAGCCGUCUUGCACAAAAAAAAAAAAAAAAACUUUAAUGAGUAUGUAUGAAAGUAAAAUUGUCAUAAAGGGCUGACGAAAUCAAGUCACAAAUUAAAGUUAAGUACUUUGGUACAACCAUGGAAAUUUUGUUUACCCAUAAUGACACGUUUUUACAUUCGUUGCACCAGAUUAUUCCCAGCAGCUCGUUCAGCUCUUCAACAUUCACUCUGAUGGUUGUGAUGUUUCUACAGAACAAAACACGCACUUUCAUAGAAUCUAUUUGAAGUUCUUAUGAAUAGCUUUUACAUUCAUACAAGGGUAUUUUUUUACAUGCACAACUGGAGUCUCAAGUUCAGAAGUUCAUCCAGGAAAUUCUGAAAAGAAGCAACACAACCACUCAGUUGUACCGUUUAGAAGAUGUUAGGAGAGAGUAGUUUGAUGGGCUGAUUGCCUGCCCAAUCUCAGGUGGAUCUUUUUUAAUGCCGGGAGCAAGUGAAUGCUUCAUUUUCAUCAACAUUCUUGCUUAUUUCCUGUUUUUGACUUUAUGCUAAUGUUGCAUUGGAAUGAUUCAGAGAAGAAACUUCUGUUCAGUGUAAUGCACAUAUAAAUGCUAUGUAUUGUAUUCCUGACAUGUUGUACGUUUUCACCCCCAUCCUCCAAAGUGAUUAUUUUUUGUGGAUUCAGUAUAUUUGGCCCAUUUCUGGAAAUGGGAUUCCUAAUUAAACAUUGUGAAUCAUGA